AUGAAGACCUUCAUUCUCCUUGCUCUCCUGGGAGCUGCUGUUGCUUUUCCUACUAAUGAUGACGAUGACAAGAUUGUUGGGGGCUACACCUGUCGGAAGAACUCCCUGCCCUACCAGGUGUCGCUGAAUGUUGGUUACCACAACUGUGGUGGCUCCCUCAUCAGUUCCCAGUGGGUGGUCUCUGCGGCUCACUGCUACAAGUCCCGGAUACAGGUGCGUCUGGGAGAACACAACAUUGAUGUUGUCGAGGGGGACGAGCAGUUCAUUCAGGCAGCCAAGAUCAUCCAGCACCCCAGCUACAAUAAGAACACCUACGAUAACGACAUCAUGCUGAUCAAACUGAGCUCCCCUGCCACCAUCAACUCUCGAGUGUCUGCUGUCUCCCUGCCGAGAUCCUGUCCAUCUGCUGGGACUCAGUGCCUCGUGUCUGGCUGGGGCAACACUUUGAGCAGUGGAACCAAGUAUCCUUCCCUCCUGCAGUGUCUGGAUGCCCCUGUGCUCUCUGACACUUCUUGCCGCAAUGCCUACCCAGGCAAGAUCACUAGCAACAUGUUCUGCCUGGGCUUCCUGGAGGGGGGAAAGGACUCUUGCCAGGGUGAUUCUGGUGGCCCUGUGGUGUGCAAUGGUGAACUCCAGGGUGUUGUGUCCUGGGGAUAUGGCUGUGCUCUGAAGGGCAAACCCGGUGUCUACACCAAGGUCUGCAAAUACGUGAAUUGGAUUCAGCAGACAAUUGCUGCCAACUAA